AUGAGCUUAUCCAUUACACCGCUGUUGUUGGCUUUUUGGUUGUGGAGAAGAAGAAGAAAACAAAGAAAGGUUGUUCCUAUAUACAAUAAUAAUGCCAACUUUCGUCCUACAGGCCCAGUGCCUGGACCACCAUCAAAUGGAGCUUAUUACAUGCACCAAUAUGCACCACCAGGAGCACGGCCACCACCACAGCAGGGACAAAAUUACGACAACAAUUAUGUUCUUCCACCCUAUCUCCCAUCGCUGGCACCGGGUUAUGGCUCAGCUUCUAAUGGAUACAGCCCACAAGCACAAGCACAAGCACAAGCACAAGCACAAGCACAAGCACAAGCACAAGCACAAGCACAAGGUAAAGAUGCUGAAGCUAUGGAUGAGUAUAGUGCACCCGAUGGUCUACCACCAGCCCAUAUUAGGUAG